UGUUGUGUGUUGUGUUGUCAAAGACUCAUACAGUAUGUCGUAGUAGUAUUAUUGUUGUUGUUGUCUCUGCGCCUACAACAUAUACACACAUCUCGGUAUUCGGAGUACACUUGGAACCCUCAAAAGAAAAGAAAAAAGUUUUCAGUGAAGAAGUGAGGUGAUUUCUAAUUGAUUUCAAUUUCUCGACAUCGACAAUGGGCAACGUCGAUACAAAAUUGAAUUUUCGUAAGGCAAUUGUUCAACUUGGCACCAAAGAUCAGCAAAUAAAUGCAAAUGAUGAUAUCUUUUGGGAUCAAUUUUGGUCAGACCAUUGUACUUCCAUUCAAGAUGUUUUUGCAUUGGUACCGUCCAAUGAAAUUCGAACACUGAGGCGAGAUAAUCCAGCCAAUUUGGCCACACUGUGUUACAAAGCGACCGAAAGACUUGUACGUGCCGUUGACAGUAGUUGUCGUACACACUCCGAACAACAAGCUGCAUUGAAUUGUGUACGAUUACUCACCAGAGUCAUUCCAUACAUACAUGAAGAUAGCGAGUGGAAAGACUUCUUUUGGUCAUCGCUACCAUCGGCCAAUGAAAAUGAACCAACUAUUCCAUUGGCACAGAGUUUAUUGAAUGCAAUAUGUGACUUGCUAUUCUGUCCUGAUUUCACAGUUACAGCCGCCCGUCGAUCGGGUCCCGAUAAAGCAGAAGAAUUGGCCAACAUCGAUAGUUGCGAGUAUAUUUGGGAUGCUGGCGUUGGUUUUGCUCACUCACCGCCAAAAAACUCGCAGUUCGAACAACGACGUACCGAAUUGUUAAAAUUAUUGCUGACAUGUUUCAGUGAAACCAUGUAUCGUACACCAAAUAAAAGUGAAGAGCCAAAUAAAUGGAUUGCAUAUUUUACAAGCGCCGAAAAUCGUCAUGCUUUGCCGUUGUUCACAUCAUUCUUGAAUACGGUUUGUUCGUAUGAUCCAGUCGGUUUGGGUGUACCAUACAAUCAUUUCAUUUUCACCGAUACAAUGGAACCAUUGGUCGAAGCAUGUCUACAAAUUUUAAUUGUAACACUCGAUCAUGAUAUGACAUUGCAUCAAUCGUCGAUUUUGGCCACAAAUGGUACAAAUUUGGCGUCGGCCAAUAGUUCGGGUGCCACUAGUUUCGAGGAAGCAAAUAGCGUUGGCGAUAAUCUAUUCAUAAAUUACUUAUCACGCAUUCAUCGUGAUGAAGAUUUUCAAUUUUGCUUGAAGGGCAUUACACGCCUACUCAACAACCCACUCGUUCAAAAUUAUCUACCCAAUUCGACGAAACGUUUGCAUUGCCACCAAGAAUUGCUUGUAUUCUUUUGGAAAAUUUGCGACUAUAAUAAGAAAUUUCUGUACUACGUAUUGAAAAGUAGUGACGUUCUCGAUGUUUUAGUACCAAUUUUAUACCAUUUGAACGAUUCACGCGCCGAUCAAUCUCGAGUUGGUCUUAUGCACAUUGGUGUAUUUAUUUUGUUGCUGUUGUCUGGCGAACGAAAUUUUGGCGUACGAUUAAAUAAACCAUACACAGCCACUGUACCAAUGGACAUUCCUGUUUUUACCGGUUCACAUGCCGAUCUCUUAAUUACCGUUUUUCACAAAAUCAUUGCUACCGGUCAUCAAAGACUGCAACCACUAUUCGAUUGUUUGCUUACAAUUUUGGUGAAUGUAUCACCUUAUUUGAAAACCUUGUCGAUGGUGGCUGCCAUCAAGUUGUUGCAUUUAUUAGAAGCAUUUAGUACACCAUGGUUUCUGUUUUCGGCACCAUCAAAUCACCAUUUAGUGUUUUUCUUAUUGGAAAUCUUCAACAAUAUUAUCCAAUAUCAGUUUGAUGGCAACGCAAAUUUAGUGUAUACUAUAAUUCGAAAGCGUCAUGUUUUUCAUGCACUGGCCAAUUUGCCAUCCGAUGUGCAAGGCAUUUCAAAGUGCUUGAGUAAUCGAAAAUUGGGUGUUGCACAAACGGUGAAUCGUGUAAAAACACCUAGAACUACCUCACCAACAAUGGAACGUACUACAUUCAAUAUCGAAGAUACAACGUCAACGAUAGCAACACCAACACCAACUAUAGCUACAACAACAAAAUCUACGUCAAUUGAAGAAGAAGAUGGUACGAAUAUUGAAAAUAAAAGCGAUAUUGAAGAAUCAAUGGAAGGCUCACAUCCAGCUAAACCAGCCGAACCGGGCACAUUAAAGGCAUCAUUGCCCGAUACACCGGCUAUUGCUUCAAUGACUGAAAAAGAGUCAGCACAUCCGUUACAGGCACCGCUAUGCGAUUUCAGUCCCAUGAAUGAACAUUGUGAUAGUACAAACAUACAAGACAUUCAAGAGGUCGAACUCUCACAACUUUCAAUCGAUGAAAAUCAACAAGAAGAACCAAUUGCACCAUUGAAACGAUCGGUUAAUCAGCGUGGUAGCAUUCGUGUUUCAUCGAAUCCAGUGAAUACAGCUUCCGUUUGGACACCAACGCCAGAAUGGGUUGCAUCAUGGCGAGCCAAAUUGCCGCUACAAACCAUUAUGAGAUUACUUCAAGUUUUAGUACCUCAAGUAGAGAAAAUUUGCAUCGAUAAGGGCUUAACCGACGAAUCAGAAAUUUUAAAAUUCCUACAACAUGGAACAUUGGUUGGCCUGUUGCCAGUUCCCCAUCCGAUUCUAAUUCGAAAAUACCAAGCAAAUAGCGGGACCACCGCAUGGUUCCGCACUUAUAUGUGGGGAGUCAUUUAUUUGAGAAAUAUUGAUCCGGCCAUUUGGUACGAUACAGAGGUGAAACUAUUCGAAAUUCAACGAGUCUAAACACCAUCCAAUUUCCAUUUUAUAUUUCUGCGUUUGACACAUACAUUGUGUAUGAUACACACAGAUAUUGAUAAACAUUCAGUCGGAAUAUUCAAUUUUUGUUUUUCCGAAAUUUCCAAUUUAGAUCUUUUUUGCAUAUUCGCUUAUCGUCUCAUUCCUAGGAUGAUAUCUAUAUCUAUACCUGUUUUUUUUUCGAUAUGUUUAUUUGAUUUAAUUUAUUUAAAAGUGGUCAUUUGUGCAAUUCUAAAUGACGAUAUAAUCAAAAUAAAUUUAUUUAUUUUCUCUUAACUAUAGUUAAUAUUUCAGACGAAGAGAUUAAUUUUGUAAUUUUAAUUUUCACUUUGAAUGAAAUACACACCAAUUUAUAUUUGUUGCGCAUAUUGGUUUUGUAAACAAAAUUUUCGUUCCAUUUUUUUGUGAUAUUUUUACUUUGAUUGCUAAUAUUCAACCGAAACCUUGAAAUUAUCUAAAUGCGCCAGAAAAAAAGACUAUAAAAACGUAAAAAAAACUUUGUAUAUAAUUGCUUUUGAAUAAAACAAAUUUGCAUAAAGUGUGA